AUGAAAAAGCUAAACUUCUCUUUUAAUUCACCUUUGCCUACCAGUCUAAAAGGUAGCGAAUGCAAAAAAGCAACCAAGAUUUUGAAUUCUUUUAUUGAUCCUGGACAAGGAUUAGAUAUCAUCAUUCCUCCUUCAAUUCUCGACAAAGCACAAGGAUUAGCUAUCUUUACAGUGCUAAAAGCAGGUUUCUUAUUCUCAGGUAGAGCAGGCAGUGGUUUGGUAAUUGCAAGGUUACCUGAUGGAUCUUGGUCGGCACCUUCGGCUAUUGUUAUCGGUGGUAUGGGUGCUGGCGGGCAGAUUGGUGCCGAAUUGACUGAUUUUGUGCUGGUGCUAAACACAAAAGAAGCUGUCAAGACCUUUAGCCAUUUCGGAAAUGUUACACUAGGUGGAAACAUAUCAGUUGCUGCUGGCCCUAUAGGUCGUAAUGCAGAGGCUUCUGGUUCAGCUACAUUUAAGCAUAUCUCGGCUGUUUAUUCAUACAACAAAACUCGUGGAUUAUUUGCUGGUGUAUCAUUAGAAGGAUCUGUCAUUAUCACUCGAAACGAUGCAAAUGAAAAACUAUACGGAGAACGAGUCUCUGCAAAAGAAUUAUUGAAUGGCACUGUGCCUCCUCCUCGAGAAGCAGAUGCUCUUUACCGUGCACUUAAUGCCAAAUUUCAUACACUCGGUGCAAACACCAACAUGUAUCAGCGCACUAUUGAAAAAGAAGGUAGCACAGCACAAUUUAAAAGCACAAAAAUGUCUGCACCUGGUACUUUACGUCUUCCACCUGUAAGACAGCAAGCUCCAGUAAAUGGAUAUGGUAGCCUAGCUCAAUUCAGUCAGCCUCCUUCUAUUAAUCCAUCAUUUCAAGCACCACCAACGCCUCAGCCUCAGACUAUUCAAAACAUUACUAACAUGCCUUCGCCUCUAUACCAAGAACAACAAGACGUAAAACGCCCUAUUCCUCCUCUUCCUCCGACUCGAAAACUCAUUCGAGCAAGGGCAUUGUAUGACUUUGUUGGUCAAGAAGCUGGAGAUUUAAGCUUCAAAGCAGGAGAUAUCAUCCAAGUGACAGAAUCAACUCAAAGUCAGCAUGAUUGGUGGUCAGGAAACUUAAAUGGAAAAUCUGGAGCAUUUCCUGCCAAUUAUGUCGAACUCUGUUAGAUAUAGAACGAUUUAUUCUGUUUCAAUGAUACUCGAGAAUCCACAAAAGGUAUUUUAUAUACGGUAAAAAAAGAAAUGAUCAACUACUUUCUUUUUUCAACAUGAUGAUCAUUCUUUUUUUUUUUUUUU